AUGCAUGUCCUCAUCUGUGCCAGGACCAGGUAUGCCACCUGGCCUUACAGCACGUUUAAGGAGCUGUGCAUUCCUGGACCAUCACCAGUACUGUUCUUUGGAUCGAUUCCAUAUGUCUCCCGGAAGGACAUUCACGUCGUUGACCUGGAAUGCUACAACACGUUUGGAAAUAUCUGGGGGUUGUUCCUUGGACGGGAAGCGUUCCUCAUGAUCGCUGACACUGAAAUCAUCCACAAGGUGUUUAUUGAAGAUGAAUGCAAAAUUUUCACCAAUGACAGGGCGAGCCGAUCUCAGGAACCAUUUAGUGAGAGUUUCUUUCAGGCGGAUGAGAGCGACUGGCGGAGAGUGCACCAGGUCCUCUCCCCGGCCUUCGGAGCUGGGCAACUUCAGCAGGUGUUCCCUCUUGUGGUUCCAAGUGCUGACAACCUUGUUCGUCAUUUUGGAAAAUUUUACAGGGAGGGCAAGGCUGUUGUAGUGAGAGAGUUAUUUGCCCAGUACACUCGAAAUGCCCUUAUGAUGUCGGUGUUUGAACUGGACGCAACCAAGCAGGACACUAGGAGCAGCACCUUCACUUAUCACUGGGACCUCCUCCUUCAGGCCUACAGCAGAUACUCCAUCAUCUCCACGACAUUGAUAUUCCCUGUCCUGAAGCCUCUCCUUCGGAAGCUGAAAUUCUACUUUUAUUGGAAGGAAGCUGUCAAUUACUUCACCAGGUUGGUCCACCAGGUCCAAGAGAGACGGAAACAGAGCACAGAGACAAAGGAACGAGCCAGCAUCCUUCAUUUCCUGUUCGACCAUGCAGAGGCCAGGACAGACACGAGAAGGAAACGGUCACCAGGACGUACUGAGUUGAGCAAGAGUGAAACUGUUGCCCAGACCCUGAGGUUUCUCCUCUCAACCUACAAGGCAACAACUUUCAUGCUGGAAUUUGCAGCGUACCUAUUGGCCAGGCACCCCAGAGUGCAAUACCACCUUCAUCAGGAGAUCGUAGCCACUGGGAAACAAAAGGGUUUUACGUAUGAAAGUAUUGCAGGGAUGGAAUUCCUGGACAUGGUUGUCAGGGAAACACUGCGACUGUUUCCUCCUGUGGUCUGGGUCCAGGCAACCUGUACAAAAUCGACGGAGGUGUACCAGGUGAAAAUUCCCAGAGGGAUACAGGUCGUAGUGCCGGUCUGGGUGAUGCACCACAGUCAGGAGUUCUGGGAUCAUCCAUGCAAGUUUAACCCUCUGAGGUUCACCAGAGAAGAAGAAGAUGCUCGUGACCCUCACUGCUACCUGCCCUUUGGCCUUGGACCCCUAGGCUGUGUCGGGAGUGAAUUCAGCAUCAUGAUGAUGAAGGUUGCCAUGGCCACAGUCCUUGGGUCCUACAGAUUUGCCUGGUGCUCUCAGACUCCUAGUCUAAAGGCACAGAGGCAGCAGCUGGUAAAGCUGCUGUGA